CCUAUAUAACCAUAACCUGUUGCUUGGAAAUUGGCUAAAGAAAAGCUGGAUGGAAUAUAAGUGUGUUUAUAUUAUCUGUGAAUGUAUUAUAGGGUUGUGCUGGGAAUAACUGAAUGUAAACAGUAUCUCACAUUCAGCUGGAUCUCAUUAUGUUUUAUGUUUUGAGCACAGACACACAGAUGCAUCCUAAUGUGGCUUCAAAACCAAAACCACCCCCACAGUCCAUGAAGCCAAAACCAUCCUUGCCGAAGAAGCCAGCUGUAGCAACAAAACCUUCAAGUCAUGUUCUGGAAAAAAGUCUUUCACAAAAUGGGCAAGAUUCUCCAGCACCAUUGUCCGUACACAGCCAGAAACCUGCUGUCCCAGAGAAAGUUGCACGAGCAGAUCAGUCUUCUCCUACACCAUCAUCACAUUCACAAAAAAUAGUCGCUACUCGACCCAAAGAACCACCCCCACCAUUACCUAAAACAGCUCCUAAGGGAUCAGUGAUACAUAAAACUCCACCCUCUAUACAUAAGACUCCUCCUCCAGUACGCAAAACUCCACCUCCUUUACCCAAAACCACCCCAAAGGUGUCAAUUAAACAGAAAGAGAAUUCAACAGACUUAAAUGCAAAGCAUGAUGAAUCAAGCAUAUCAAAUGCUGGAACAUGUUCUCUGCCAGUUAAACAAAAAAGUGAUACUCAAAAUAAUUGUGAUGAUUCUAAAACAGUUCCUGAGAAUAAAUCAGAAAAAGACCAGGAAGAUUUUACUUUUAAUAAUUUGAAGUCUAAGUUUGUUUCCUCAAGUGAAAAUACUGCAAAAGUUGUACCAAAAGUUGCAACAAAACCAAAACCAAAGCCAAAAGAAAAACCUAACUUGGCAAAAAGUUUUGACAAUUCUGGUGCUGAUAAAACUAGUAAAGAAACAAAAUCUGGGAAUACUAAAUCUAAAUGGUUCAUUAGUGAAGAUAAUCCUGAAAAGGAUAACAGUUCAAAACACACUUUUGAAAAUGAUGAAAGUAAGUCUGCUAUACAGUUUUUAAGAGGCAAUCAAAGCAUUUCAGAAUCCACAGUGUGGUUUAACAAACCAGAGGAAUCACCCAAACACUCCCCAAAACAUUCCCCUGCUGUACCUCGUAAACCUCCACCUAGAGUCCCACCAAAAGCAGAUUUAUCCCAUUCUGUGGAAGAUAUAAGCAAUUUAAACAGAGACAAUUUCAGUUCAUCCAGUGAAAAUAGUCCAGUAAAACAGUCUGACAAGCCUGCAAAUACUUAUGUAACAGGGAAAACUGAAAACAGUAUAUGCACAUUCCAAAAACAGUUUGAAAGUAAUAAAAGAUUUGCUGAAAAUGACAAAGAACUAUCAAAAUCUGAACAUGGUGCAAAAGCUGUGGCUGAAAACUUAGAAUCAAACACUGAAACAGCUGAAGACAAACCUAAGUGUAAGGGAAGCCCUAAACUAGCCCCAAAGCCAAUCCCUAGGAGGCCCACUCCAGCCACAAGACCUAGACCCACACCUAGGAAGAGAUUAUCUCUAAACAGGUUGUCAGGGACUGAAGAAAACUUUGAAAAUAUAAUUGAUUCUGAAAAAGUUGAAAAACAGACUGAUGAAAACAAAGUUUCUAAUAACGAAAUUUUGAACAAAAGUGGUGAAAACAAAGGAAGUGACAAAACUGAUGUGAAUGAAAAUGACGUUAAAGCAACAGAAGGAGAUUUAAAUAAUAAAAAUGAUUCUGAUGCGAAAAUAAGGACGGUUGUAUCAGACUCUGGUGAAGAACUACAAUACAGAGCAAUAGAUAGAAGUGUCACCAGGUCCCAGUCUCAUGUUACAGAGCUGGAACCUGAAACAGAGGAACCUACAGUGAUAUUGAGAAAGAAAAUUUCAAGGGAGGAAGAUGUUAGUGAUGAUGAAAUAACUUUAGAACAACUAAAAAGUAUUGAACAUUUAUUAGAAGCCAGUGAUGAUGAAGAUAAUGCUCAUAAAUUUAUGGCAAAAGUAAGUCAUCCUGUAAAUGAAAACGAAAUUGAAAGUAAGCUUGUAGGAGAUGCUGGAGAUUGUAAAAAGGGAAAAGAUGAUGUUUUGAAAGAAGAUAUAGAUAACUUAGACGAUAAAGCUCUUCUUGAGCCAACAUCUUUGUUGAAUGAAAUUGAAGACAUUCUUACAAGAAGUUUUAAACAUUCAUCCUUGACAAGGUCAGGAUCAUCACCAGAGAAAAAAUCAUCACCAUAUCUGCUAAAUAAUGGAGUAUCGUUAGGUAGAGCAGAAAGAUCAAAAUCAGUUGAUUCUCAGAGUACGACUCCAGUAAGGCCACCAAGACCAAAGAGAGAACAGAAGAAGUUACGGUCUAUGAGUCAAGUGAUGUAUGACUCUUGUGGAAGUGACACUGAAUCUUUACCAGAUCUUUCCCGAAACAGGGACGGAUCAUUUAAUUCAAACUGUGUAAAUAUUUCUUUGACUCUUGGAAAGGCAAAGCCUCACCCACCAAAGCCUAAAAGGCACAAGUUGUUAAAAGUUCAAAGAAGUCAGUCCGAUGUUACUGCCAUGAAGUCUGUUGUAGAUAGACUAGAUACAAGUGAUUCAAAAUCACCUCGUCGUGGGCGGAUGGUGUCAGAAAGUGAUCAUUCCAAGAACAAAAAGAGUUCCUCACCAAGUAAUGCUGAUGGGAAAACAAGGCAGAUUUCUUGGCGGAAAAACCGCCCAACACGAAAGGCUCCCCCACCUCCUCAAAAAAUACCACCUUUACAUGUCACACCAGCUUCACCAGGGAUCACGCUGGAUUCUGUGGUUCCUCUUGAUUCUAGAGUGAAAUCAAUGCAGUUGAGCAAGGAACCAAAUGAUCAGAAGAAGAAACAUCUUACAGCAUUACAAGAUACUACAGGAUCAUUCUAUCACUCAAUAAGUGAUGGUGAUAUUGAGUCAUCAGAUGGUGAACAUGACUAUCAGGAUAUUCCGGAUGAACGUGAUAAAAAUAACCACAUUGGUUCUGAAAAUAUAAACAUGAUAAAAAGGAACAUUAAUCGGCAUGAAAAAUCAGCAUCCCCUCCUAAACUACCUCCAAGAAAUCUGAAUAACUCUCAUUCUUUUGAUAAUUCAAGUCUGUCGUCAGCCGGUCAUGACUUUGAUAGUGCAAUAACAGGUGGUGCAAGUUCAACUGAGGACAUGUCUAUAUCAAGUGGAUGUUUUGAUACUGAUGUCACUUCUCCUGGAUUUAAAAACCCACAUUUAAUGAAAUCGUUAUAUCCCAAAACUUCAAGCCCUUGUGUGAAAAACAGAAAGACAGGAAGUGAUGAAAAUAUACUUUCUUCUGGACUGGGUCCUAGUAAUUCCUCUCUGUCUGACAGUGCUGAGGAAAAGAAAAAGCGACCAGUCAGUGGAUGUAGUGUACAGUCUGACAGUUGGUCUGGAAGUCAUGAAGCGGAACAGUCUUCAUCGGAUUCUGACCUAGAUGAUGAGGAGAAGAUAACAAGGAAGAAAGAGAAGAAGUUGUUCCUUAUUGCUCAAGAGAUUGUAUCAUCUGAAAAUGUAUUUGUUGAUGUGCUUAGACUUCUCAAUGUGGAUUUUCGGCUACACAUAUCUAAAGCAACAGAGAAAAAUGGCCGCCCUGUGAUACCAAAUGAGAUGUUGAAUAGAAUACUGGACUAUCUACCACAAUUACAGAUCUUCAAUGAAGGCCUGCUCAAAGAUUUAGAAGAAAGGCUUAAAACAUGGGAGGAGAGGAAGGGCAUAGCUGAUAUAUUUGUAAAGAAGGGACCAUUCUUGAAGCUGUUUUCUUCCUACAUCCGAGACUUUGAGACUAUAACAUCAACACUUGAUGAAGCUUUGAAGAAAUACCCAGUGUUCCAAGCUUCUGUCAAAGAGUUUGAGUUAAGUCCAAGAUGUGCCAGUCUAGCAUUGAAACACUACAUGUUAAAACCCAUACAGAGAAUACCUCAGUACAGGCUGCUUCUUCAAGAUUACAUGAAACACCUAUCCCAGGACAGUCCAGAAAUGAAAGACAUGCAAACUGCCUUGGCUAUUGUAAGUGAGGUUGCCACACAUGCAAAUGAAAAUAUGCGACAUGAGGACUAUGUACAGAAGAUGUUAGAAAUUCAGAGGUCAUUGAUUGGUCAGUUUGAGGUUAUCAAACCAGGAAGGAUUUUUCUGAAAGAAGGAGAACUAAUGAAGUUGUCAAGAAAAGAAAUGCAGCCUAGAUACUUCUUUCUUUUCAAUGAUGUGUUGCUGUAUACAACUCCGGUUGCUACGGGAUACAGACUCAACAAUGUUCUACCACUGGCUGGAAUGAAGGUGUCUGUAGCGGCACAAGAUGAAUAUAAGAUGGAGUUCAGUAUAAUAUCUGUACAACGUUCAUUCACUUUACAUGGGACCACUCUCGAGGAACGGGAUGAUUGGAUCACAGCGCUGAAUGCAGCGAUAGAGGAAAAUGCCCUGAAAAGGAACACCUUCGAGGCAGUUAGAGCCGGGGCUCAGUUUUGGGAGGAGCAUUUACAAAAGUCCUGGGAUACUUAUCAGGCAUUAUUGGACAAAGAUUUUGUUCUGGGACACAAAGCACCAUUGUGGAUACCUGAUGCAAGAGUCACCAUGUGCAUGUUAUGCACAUGUGAAUUUACUGUAACCUGGAGACGCCACCACUGCAGAGCUUGUGGAUGGGUUGUGUGUGGAAAUUGUUCUGACUGCAAGGCACCUCUGAGAUAUCUAAAAUAUAAAUCUGUGAGAGUUUGUGAUAAAUGCUUUAAAACUUUGGAAGCUGCGGCUGAAAAUGAGAAAGACGAGGAAGAUGGAGGAAAUUUACUCAGUCUGAAUGGACUUUUUGAGAGAUUCCAGAAGAUACGACGCAGCGGCCGAACAGAAAAGAAAAUAGGUGUCAGACCUGAGAGAUUAAAGGAGGUAUCAGCGACGGACCAGGGAGCCUCAAUGAGUGGCUAUUUACAGAGAUGGCAUAAAGGCAAGAAAUGGAAGAAGAAAUGGUACCUCAUCAAAGAUAUGGUCCUGUACACCUUCAAGGCUACUCAGGACACUGCAGCAGCAGACAGUAUGGUGUUGCUCGGAUACGAGGUCAGCAGGUUCACAGAUUAUUUUGAAGGAGUUGAGGCGGACUUGUUGUUCCAGCUGUCUCAUGCUAAUACAGAUCCAGUUGUGUUCAGGACUGACAGUCCUACUGCCACAGAAAAAUGGGUCACUGUGAUGAGAGAAUCAACAGUUGCUUGAUAAUAGUACCAUUUAAGAAGCUAAAAAAAAAAUGGGCACUAAACAUAUACAGGUUGCAUUGAGUGGAAUAAUUCUUCCUGUGCAGAAUGGGACUGUUAAUGUGCUGUAUGUGAUGAAAUUAUAGGGAUAAAUAUGAAACCUUGAAUAAGUAGUACAACAUUCGUGUGGAAUCUUGUCAUGAACCGUACAUUAAAGAUGGCAUGCAAUCUUGUCAUGAACUGUACAUUAACCAUGGGGUUGAAUCUUGUCAUGAACUGUAUGUUAAUGAUGGCAUGAAAUAUUGCCAUGAACUGUACAUGUACAUUAAUAAUGACAUGAAAGAUUGUCAUAAACUGUUCAUUAAUGAUGGCGUGGAAUCUUGUUAUGAACUGUUCAUUAUGAUAGCGUGGAAUCUUGUCAUGAACUGUACGUUAACGAUGGCGUGGAAUCUUGUCAUGAACUGUACGUUAACAAUGGCGUAGAAUCUUGUCAUGAACUGUACGUUAACAAUGGCAUUGAAUCUUGUCAUGAACUGUACGUUAACAAUGGCGUAGAAUCUUGUCAUGAACUGUACAAAGUCUGCCCAUAAUCUGUACAUUAAGAUUGGCAGGAAGUCUUGUCAUAAACUUUACAUAAUGAUGGUGUGAAGUCUUGUCAUGAACUACAAGUAAACAGUGGCAUGAAUUCGAGCCAUAAUUUUUAUGUUAAUAGUGGCAAACUGGUAGGUAUGUAGGAAAAACUAAUUACUGAAACAUUUCAUAGAAAAUAUUUUGUGUUGAUGAGAUAUAAUGUUAAUGUAAUAAUGAUACAUACAUAUGUUUAAAUCUUUGUUGACUGUUAUUAAAUUCCUUUUCUGUUAUGGACUUUGUUACAAAAAAGUGUUUUGAAAGGACCAAGUGUUUGUUUAGAGCCAGUAUAGCAUUUUCUUUGAAAGGAACUUUAAAACAUCGGAAUUUUUGAUCCAGAAACAUUUUUGGAGAAAAUCCAUGAAUUUCGAAAAAAAAAAAGAAUUUGAUAAUGUUACCUUAAGAUAUUCCAUUAAAAUGAGUUUUGAUACGGUAGUUUUUGAUUAUGUACAAUUGGAAUGAAUAUUAGAGAAUUGAUUUAUUACAGUGUAAAUAUAUUUCACACUGUGAGCUUUCAUACAGAUGAUCUAGAUGUAGUGUUCUAGAAUUAACAUUCAAAUUGAUGCUGCGAUUUUUUUUUCAAAAAGGCAAGUUUAUAUAAAGUGUCAAUCACUCAGCAUGGUGGUCUAGAGUUUAAACUCUACUUAGUUUCAAACUAUACCCUUUUUAUAUGAGUAUUUUUUGUCUGUAUAUGUUUUAGCAUGAAUGGAUUAAAAUAAGCUCCAAGCUAUUGAGCUUGAUUAAGAUAAAAGAAAUUAAGGUUGUGAUUUUAAGUGAGGAAGAAAUGGUACAAUAUAUAUUUGUAUGAAACACUUAUUACUGAUAUAACUGGCUACAGUAUUCCAAUUGUGAACAGCAUAUGCGUUUCCAAGUAAGCGAAUAACAUAAAACUUUCAGAGCAUAUAUUUCAACCAGCAGAGUAUUAUUUUAUGAAAUAAAAAGAAAAUAAAUAUUUUUCAAAAACAUUACAUUUUGAGAAUGUCAAAAUGAUACUUUCCACAUGCACACUGAUAUUUGGAAUGGAAUUAUACAAACUUUUAUUUUUUUCAAUUCCAUUUUUAGCUCACCUGAGCACGAAGUGCUCAAAGGUGAGCUUUAGUGAUCACCCUGUGUCCGGCGUCCGUCGUCGUCCGUCGUCCGUCCGUCCGUCGUCAACAAUUUGACUGUUAACACUCUAGAGGUCACAUUUUUGACCCAAUCUUAAUGAAACUUGGUCAGAAUGUUACCCUCAAUAAAAUCUUGGACGAGUUCGAUAUUAUGUCAUCUGGGGUCAAAAACUAGGUCAUCAGGUCAAAUCAAAGGAAAAGCUUGUUAACACUCUAGAGGUCACAUUUUUGGCCCAAUCUUAAUGAAACUUGGUCAGAAUGUUACCCUCAAUAAAAUCUUGGACGAGUUCGAUAUUAUGUCAUCUGGGGUCAAAAACUAGGUCAUCAGGUCAAAUCAAAGGAAAAGCUUGUUAACACUCUAGAGGUCACAAUUUUGGCCCAAUCUUAAUGAAACUUGGUCAGGAUGUUACCCUCAAUAAAAUCUUGGACGAGUUCGAUAUUGGGUCAUCUGGGGUCAAAAACUAGGUCACCAGGUCAAAUCAAAGAAAAAGCUUGUUAACACUCUAGAGGUCACAUUUUUGGCCCAAUCUUAAUGAAACUUGGUCAGAAUGUUACCCUUAAUAAAAUCUUGGACGAGUUCGAUAUUUGGUUAUCUGGGAUCAUAAACUAGGUCACCAGGUCAAAUCAAAGGAAAAGCUUGUUAACACUGUUGAAGCCGCAUUUAUGACUGUAUCUUCAUGAAACUUGGUCAGAUUGUUAAUAUUGAUGAUCUUAAGGUCCAGUUUGAAUCUGGGUCAUGUAGGAUAAAAAACUAGGUCACCAAGCCAAAUCAAAUGAAAAGCUAGUUUACACUAGAGGCCACAUUUAUGACCAUACCUUAAUGAAACUUGGUCAAAUCUUGAUGAUCUAUAGCUCAAGUUCAAAUCUGGGUUAGGUGGGGUCAAAAACUAGGUCACUAGGUCAUAUCAAAGGAAAAGCUUGUUAACACUCUAGAGGCCACAUUUAUGACUAUAUCUUCAUGAAACUUAGUCAGAAUAUUAAACUUGAUGAUCUUUAGGGCAAUUUUGAAUCUGGGUCAUGUUGGGUCAAAAACUAGGUCACCGGGUCAAAUCAAAGGAAAAGCUAAUUAACACUGUAGAGGCCACGUUUAUGACCAUAUCUUAAUGAAACUUGGUCAGAAUGUUAAUCUUGAUAAUCUUUAGGUCAAGUUUAAAUCUGGGUCAGAUGGAGUCAAAAACUAGGUCACUAGGUCAUAUCAAAGGAAAAGCUUGUUAACACUCUAGAGGCCACAUUUUUGACUAUAUCUUCAUGAAACUUAGUCAGAAUGUUAAACUUGAUGGUCUUUAGGUCAAGUUCGAAUCUGGGUCAUGUCGGGUCAAAAACUAGGUCACGGGGGUCAAAUAAAAGGAAUAGUUAGUUAACACUUUAGAGGCCACAUUUAUGACCAUAUCUUAAUGAAACUUGGUCAGAAUGUUAAUCUUGAUGAUCUAUAGGUCAAGUUUAAAUCUGGGUCAGGUGUGUUAAAAAACUAGGUCACUAGGUCAAAUCAAAGGAAAAGCUUGUUAAGACUCUAGAGGCCAGAUUUAUGACUGUAUCUUCAUGAAACUUAAUCAGAAUGUUAAUCUUGAUGAUCUUUAGGUCAAGUUCGAAUCUGGGUCAUGUGGGGGCAAAAACUAGGUCACCGGGUCAAAUCAAAGGAAAAGCUAGUUAACACUUUAGAGGCUACAUUUAUGACCAUAUCUUAAUGAAACUUGGUCAGAAUGUUGAUCUUGAUGAUCUUUAGGUCAAUAGGUCAGGUGAGCGAUACAGGGCCUUCAUGGCCCUCUUGUUCUUUUUUCAACUGAAAAACCUGUUUUUUUCACUAUAUUUUCAAUUUCUAUUGUAAUUCUACUGUUUUAGGAAGAUAAUUUGAAGAAAUAAAACAUAUUAAAACUUAUCAGCAUUAACAAAAUAUGAUAAUAUUUACAUAUUUGGAAUUUCAUGCCCAUUUCAAUAAUGAUGGUCUUGUUACAAGAACUACAAACUGGCUUGUGUAGAGUCUAGUGGUUUACUGUAUAUAGCAGUUUUGUUCAGUGUAUAUGAUAGACAGACAGUUGCUUAAGUCCAGUAGCAGGUUCAUUAUUAUACAUUGAUACCAGAAUUUAUUGCAUGUCUCAUUUCAUUCCAGUGAUAUAUAACAGGCAUAACCUGGCUUACAUUUUGCUCAUAUCCUUUAUAUCAAAAUGUCAUUGUUACAGCGAAAUGUAUACUUAAUGUAUUUUUCACAACAUAUUUAUUAUCAUUUUUAGCUCCACUAUUCGGAGAAUAGGGGUGCUAUUCUACUCGCCCCAUCGUCGGCGUGAGCUUUCUUGGUUAAAGUUUUCCGGCAACCUUUGUUUUUCUUUGUUACUAUUGCUUAUAUCUUGCUGUAACUUCACAUUAACAUUGUUCAGCAUGCAAACAAAGUAUGUGCAGGGGCUGGGCCCAUUAUACCCAAGGUCAAGGUCACCAAGGUGUUAUACUUAGGUGUUAUUUUUUAGGUUAAAGUUUUUCGGCAACCUUUGUUUUUAGCCCACCGUGGUCCGUCGUCCUUCCGUCCGCCAAUUUCUCGUUAUCGCAUCUCUUCAGAAACUAAUAGGGGGAGUUUGAGUAAACUUUGUCAGAAUGAUGUAUUGGUACCCUAGUUGUGUCCCUCUGAAAAUCAGACUGGUUUAACAAUUUUUGAGUGAGUUAUGGCCCUUUGUUUAUUUUUAUAAUUUACAUAGAUUUAUAUAGGGAAAAACUUUGUAAAUCUUCUUGUCCAAAACCACAGGGCCUAGGGCUUUGAUAUUUGGUAUGUAGCAUCAUCUAGUGGUCUCUACCAAGAUUUUUCAAAUUAUCUCCCUAGGGUCAAAUAUGGCUCCACCCCGGGGGUCACAUGGUUUAUAUAGACUUAUAUAGGGAAAAACUUUGAAAAUCUUUUUGUCCAAAACAACAGAGCCUAGGGCUUUGAUAUUUUGUAUGCGACAUCAUCUAGUGGUCCUCUACUAAGAGUGUUCAAAUUAUUCCCCUGGGGUCAAAUAUGCCCCCCCCCCCCCCCGGGGGUCACAUGGUUUACAUAGACUUAUAUAGGAAAAACUUUGAAAAUCUUCUUGGCCAAAACCACAAAGCCUAGGGCUUUGAUAUUUGUAAUGUAGCAUCAUCUAGUAGUUCUCUACCAAUGUUGUUCAAAUUAUCCCCCUAGGGUCAAAUAUGGCCCUGCCCUGGGGGUCACAUGGUUUAUAUAGACUUAUAUAGGGAAAAACUUUAAAAAUCGUCUUCGUCUUUUCAAAUUCAAAUUUGGACCACAUGUAUAGUUUUGAGUGGCUAGAUGUACCUUGACAUGAGUUGUCCUUGAUCUUGACCUAGUGACCUACUUUCACAUUUCUGUAGCUACAGCCUUCAAAUUUGGACCACAUGCAUAGGUUUGUGUACCAAAAUAAACUUUGACCUUGACAUUGACCUAGUGACCUACUUUCACAUUUUUGAAGGUACAGACAAGUAUUAUAGUUUUGUGUUCCGAAAUGAAAUUUGACCUUGAUUUUGACCUAGUGACCUACUUUCACACUUCUCAAGCUACAGCCUUUAAAUUUGGACCACAUGCAUAGUUUUGUGUACCGAAAUGAACUUUGACCUUGAGAUUGACCUAGUGCCCUACUUUUACAUUUCUCAGGCUACAGUCUUCAAACUUGGACCACAUGCAUAGUUUUGUGUUCUGAAUUGAAAUUUGAUCUUGAUUUUUACCAAGUACCUACUUUCACAUUUCUCAGGCUACAGCCUUCAAAUUUAAAGCACAUGCAUAGUUUUGUGUACCGAAAUGAACUUUGACCUUGAAAUUGAUCUAGUGACAUACUUUCACAUUUCUCAAGCUACAACUUCUAAAUUUGGACCACAUGCAUGCGCCACAUGCACAGUUUUGUGUACCGAAAUGAACUUUGACCUUGAUUUUGACCUUGCGCUAGUCUUGAAAUUUGGAACUUUCAAAAAUGGCUCAAUGGUGGGCGCCAAGAUCACUCUGUGAUCUCUUGUUCUGUCAUAUCUUUGUUACCAUUGCUUAUAUCUUACUGUAACUUCACAUAAACAUUAUCCAGCAUACAAACAAAGUAUGUGCAGGGGCUGGGCCUAUUAUACCUAAGGUCAAGGUCACCAAGGUGUUAUACUUAGGUUAUUUUUAAGGUUAAAGUUUUUCGGCAACCUUUGUUUUUCUGUCAUAUCUUUGUUACUAUUGCUUAUAUCUUACUGUAAGUUCACAUAAACAUUGUCCAGCAUACAAACAAAGUAUGUGCAGGGGCUGGGCCCAUUAUACCCAAGGUCAAGGUCACCAAGUUGUUAUACUUGGAAUUAUUUUCAUGUUAAAUUUUUUCGAAAGCUUCGUUUAUAGACAUAUCUUUGGUACUUUAAAAGAUAAUGACUUGAAAUUAAAAAUAUUUCUUUAUAAUCAUCAUCUGCAUGUGUGGUUACAAUCCCUAUGACUCUAAUUGUAUUUUUGACAGAAUUAUGCCCAUUUCAUACUUUUUUUGGCAAUCUUUGCUUUCUGGAUAUACAAUGAAACCUGUCUAUAAAGACCACGCUUGGGAGAGCCAAAAUGUGGUCUUUAUUGGGAGGUGGUCUUUAUUCACAGGUUAUAAUACACUGUAAAUGUUAAAAUGGGAAACAAAACAUGUGGUCUUUAGAGCCAGGUGCUUUCUGUUCAGAGGUGGUCUUUAACACAGGUUUGACUGUAACUUUAGUACAAUAUAAGAUAAUGACUUGAAACUUAAAUGUAUCUUUAUCAUCAUCAUCUGCAUGUGUGGUAACAAUCCCGAUAACUCUGAUUUGUAUUUUUGACCAAAUUAUGCCCCUUUCAUACUUAAAUUUUUUUACAAACUUCGUUUUCUGGACAUAACUUUGGUACUAUAUGUAUAUAAAUUGAUUCAUUUUACUGUCAAAUCGCCGAAUAGUGGAGCACGCUGUCUUACGGACAGCUCUUGUUAGAUGUAAUUAUCAAAUUCUUUGCAUACUUUGUAGUUAAUGGAAAUGGUAUAACUUGUGUUGUACAGAUGGACUGUGUAUAAUAAAGAAACUAGAGUAGUUCAUGUAUAUCUUACACUUUAACAUCAUCAUACAAUUCUGUAUCUUUACUAUUAGGUAAUUUAAUAUUGUUCUAUACAAGAUGAUGAAAUAUAUUUGGAUUAUAGGGUUAUUUUUCCAAAAAAAGGGAAAACAGUAGAGGGGGACAUGAUUUCCUCUCAGCAAGUAUUUAUUAAUGUUGAUGUCACAUGCAAAUACUUUUAUUGGCAAUGAAAUCUAUUUGGAAUCUAUUGGACAGUCACAUGGUACAGAUGCGAAGCCCUAAUUAGAAGAGAAAUUAGGUUCAGAGUAACAAUUUAUACUGUACGGGCAGUAGGCAAUGGUUUUAUUGGGAAAAAUGUGUACUUUGACUUUAUAUGCAACAUUUGUUUCAUAUCCUUCAUGAAUUUGAGGGAGAAUUUAUUAUUGAAUUUCAUUUUCCAAUUUAUGCUCUCAGAUCCUACAAUAUCCAAGUUAUUGUAUUUAACUUGUAAAGUGUAGCCUGGACCUUUUGUAUGGUUGAAUUUUUUUAUAUUUAGGUUUAUGGUCCCUUAAAAUUCAAAGCAUAUGAUUUGAACAUAAAUUGCCCAAUUAAAAUGCACAGUUUUGUUGUUAGAUGUUUAACUGAGAAUAAAAACUAAAAUUACAACACUGUUAGUGAUGGUAAUUUUCAGGAUUCAUUUUUGUCUCACCCACUUUUAGUGGAAGCGAGACUAAGCGAUCAAAAUUCCGGAGGCAGCGGCACAACAGAGUCAACAAUUGGGAAUAACUCAAAAACUGUUACAUAUAUUUCUUUUACACCUUGUAGGAUGAUUUAGAAACUAAUUUUACACCCCAUGGCAAGUCCUGGCCCCCUAGUGAACUUGACCUUGAAGAAAUUAGCAUUUUUAGCUCGACUAUUCAAAGAAUAGGUAGAGCUAUUGGAAUCGCCCAUGCAUCGGCGUCCUGAUUUGGUUAAGUAUUUGUAUGUAAGCUGGUAUCUUAGUAACCACUUGUGGGAAUAGAAUGAAAUUUCACACACUUAUUUACUGUGAUAAAUUGACUUACACUGCACAGGUUCCAUUUCUUUAUUUUGCUUUUUUGCAAAAUUAUGCCCCUUUUUCGACAUAGAAAUGUUUGGUUAAGGUUUUUGUUGAGCCCGCUUGCGGAUGCGAAGACAUAGUUGUCCAAAUGGCUGUUCGGUGUAUGUGCGUCCGUCCGGAUUAGUUUGUCCGGACCAUGACUUUGACAUGCAUGGAGCAAUCUUGUUUAUAUUUGGCAUGAAUGUUAACCUCAGUGAGACGGAGUGUCAUGCGCAAACCCCAGGUUCCUAUCUCAAAGUUCAAGGACACAGUUACAGGUCAAAGGUCAAAUUCAAAAAUGACUUUGUCCGGAGCAUUUCUUCUUCAUGCAUGGAGGGAUUUUGAUGUCGCUUGGCACAAAUGUUCACCACCAUGAGGCGAAGUGUCAUGCGCAAGAACCAGGUCCCUAGGUCUAAGGUCAUGGUCACACUUAGAGGUCAAAAGUCAGAUACAAGAAUGACUUUGUCUGGAGCAUUUCUUUUUGAUGCAUAGAGGGAUUUUGAUGUAACUUGGCACAGUUGUUCAUCAUCAUGAGACGGAGUGUCAUGCGCAAGAUAUUAGAAUUACUUCCCUUUGUUGUUACUAUAAAUAGCUUAUAUUCGUAACUUUUUAUUACUGGUCGUAGGGAAAAAUCGAGACCACUUUUCUGUAGUACAACAUGCAUGUUACAUCCAAUUUUCAGGUGAAUUUUGACCUAUCUCUGCUGGUGAGGAUUUUUAUGUGGACUUAGAAUUUUUUAUUUUUUUUAAGAUUUACGUCCCUUUGUUGUUACUUUAAAUAACUUAUAUUGUAACUUUUUGCAAUCUCUUUUUUUAUUUGGCAUAAAUGUUUGCCUCAAUGAGACAGGGAGUGUCUUGUACAACUCCCAGUCCUUUUGACAGCUGGCAGGCUCGACAUGUUGCCCAUGGGCAUCUAGUAUAUGUAAGCUGAUAUCUCAGUACCCACUAAUGGGAAUGGAUUGAAACUUCACACACUUGUUCACUGUCAUGAUCUGACAUGCAUUACACAGGUUCCAUAACUCUACUUUGCAUUUUUACAAAAUUAUGCCCCUUUUUUGACUUAGCAGUUUUUGGUUAAGUUUUUGUAUGUAAGCUCAAUACCUACUAAUGAGAAAGGAUUGAAACUUCACACACUUGUCCAUUGUCAUGAGCUGAUAUGCACAGGUUCCAUAACCCUGUUUUGCAAUUUUACAGAAUUAUGCCCCUUUUUCGACUUUUGUAUUCAUUCAGUUGACGAGGCUGUUGAAUAGUGGAGCAUUGCUGUCCUCCGACAGCUCUUGUUUAGAUCUUUUUGACGUCUUUGGAAAUUCACAAAAAUGACAAUGUCUCAAAAAACGUUACAUAUAUUGCUUUGAAACCUUGUAGGAUGGUUCAAAAACUCAUUUUACAACCCCAUGGUGAGUCCUGACCCCCUGGUGACCUUAACCUUGAAAAAUUUAACAUUUUUUAGAUCUUUUUGACACCAUUGAAAAUUCACAAAAAUUAUAAUGUCUCAAAAACCGUUACACAUAUUGCUUUGAAACCUUGUAGGAUGGUUCAAAAACUCAUUUUACACCCCCAUUUUGAGUCAUGGUCCCCUAGUGACCUUGACCUUGAAGAAAUCAGCCUUUGAAAAUUAACAAAAAUGAAUUUAAAAAAAAAAUGUUACAGAUAUAGCUUUGAAACUUUGGAAGAUGGUUUUAAAACUCAUUUUGCACCUAUUUCAUGAGUCAAAGCUCCUGUGGGUGAGACAUUUUCAGGCAGUGGCCUUGUCUUAAUAAUUUCUUUCACGAAAAUCAUAAAUGACCCAUAUUAAGGGCUUUUUAAGAGAAGCACAUAACUUCUUCUUGUUUCUGUAAAGAAGACUUUUAAAAAUGGCAGCCUGUUACAGCUUCCUGCUGAGUUUGAGGCCUUGACCUUUGGCUUGCAGUCACUGUUCUUACCACUAAACAAUAGAGGACACUACUGUAAAGAAAGAUGGGUUUUGCUUCUUGAAAAGAUUUUUUUAUGACCUACACAGAUUUUCUGCCUGCUGCAGUGUGGUUAACCUUGCUGAAAACAGAAAGGCCUCAAAUAUUCAUGUUCCAUCUUUGUACUUUUAACUCAUAAUAAUUUGAAAUUACUGUUUUAAGAGUUAUGAUUCUUUCACUUCCAUUCCAUUUUAGUACAUGUAUGUUUAUAAUUAUUGCACUGUAUUAUGAGAUAUUCUGCACUCAGUCUAGUUUUUCAUGUAUGAAAACAUUGCUAUGUUGGCCUACACUGAUGCAUCACUUGGUUUCAACUGUUGUGAAGUAUACUGAAGUUUUGGAUGACCAUUGUAGAAGUCAACAAUUUUCUGAAAACUUUUCUAAAAUCAUUCAUAUUCCACCUGUAUUUAACAUGCAUGCUGUAAAAGCAGAAAUUUUUGGGAGGGUUUAAUUUUGCCAUAUUCGCAAGGCCCUACAUCUCGCAAAAAUUAAUCAUCGCAUAAAUAUUCACCAGAAGUAUAAUUCGAAUUAAAGUAUGAUACUAUUUUUACAAUUUUACGAAUAUUAAACCUUGCGAAUACACUCAAAAUAUCAAAUGCGCGAAAUUUUGACCCAGCGAAAAUAUGUGCUUUUACAGUAGAUAAAGUGAUAACUGGCUGAUGUACAGACAAAAAUAUUGGGUGUAGACAGGAUCAAGUCAGUUGGUGUUGGCUUCCUUGGUGGACUAAUCCUUAUACAAGGACAACAGAAAGAAGAGGAAAUUGAUUUUUAACCAAUCAAACUGACAGAAAAUGUAAAUUUACCUUUCUUCAUUUUACCAGUUUUGACAAAUUUAAAGUGUUUUUGCAAGUUCAGUCAUGGUUCAUGCAGGUGACCGACAACUUUGCUAGGUGUAACAGGAAUUGUCAACAAAUAACUUUGACUGCUUUAUCUUGUAUAGUUGAAUUUGCCUGUAGGCUCGGUGUGUCCAAUGUAUGACCUCUUGAUAGGCAAGAUCAUAGAGAUUAUUUGUAAAAUUGAUUGAAAUGAAAAAGAAAUGCAUAUAUAUAUGCAAUGCAGAAAUUAGUGUUCAGACAUGCCGUCUUCUAUUUUCAGUCUGUCAUAUAGCAAACAAUAUCAUUGUUUAAUAGCUUUGACAUUAUUUGGAAAAUUUAUGUUUCCAUUCCAUUUCAGUAAAUGGGCCGUUCCAUUAGAAUACCUGUAUUAGUGACAUGAUAUAAUUAUUGCAUAAUAAGUAGUUUAAAAUGUUUUCCUUAUGUUCAUACAGAAACUAGAAACAAGAAUGGUGCAAUACAGUUAUCUAAGGGAAAUCAAAUCAUAUCAUAUUUUACAACUAAAUGUUAUUUGUGUUGUCAUGACAAUGGAUAUUCCAAAGCACCCAUGCAUUAUGAAAAUAUAGAGGUAUGUAGAUAAAAGGCCUGUGAUAAAACCAAAAAUAUACUGUUAAGUUAUUUUUCAGUAAAAUCAUUUUACACUGUUCCCAAAUAUUGUUAGUAAGUGAUACACAAACUUUGUUGCAUUAAUGAUUUGAAAAAUACAUGCCAUGCAUGGCACCGUCAUACUGUUCAAUGACAUUCUUACACGUCACAUCUCAAAAUGCCUUUGAUGACUUACUGAAAAACAUUGUAACUCUUGAAAUAGUGAAGAUAAUUACUUCCAAUUUUCAGAUUUGAAAGGUAUGAGAAUGUUCUUAAGUUUAUGAAUAUUGUGUUAUCUCAAUUUUGAUUUUUUUGUCACUAAUACACGUUUUCUCAUAUAUAUUUUGAUCCUAUUGCUGAAAAUUCAUGUUAUUAAAGCCAGUUUGCUAACUUAGUUCAUUCAACAUUGUACAGGAUCUCUCAACCAAUCAGUUCUGCUGUAACUUUCUGUAAGGUGUUGUACAUUACAGAAUAUAUUUGCAUUUUUUUUCACAUUUAAUAUUGUAAUUUUUUUUCAGAAUUUGUAUAUAUUUUAUGUAUACAUGCUGUUUACAUUUAUGUAUGGAAAACUGAUAUAGUGCAAUAGGUGUCUCCUUUUUGUUACUGUGUAAACGUGUAUAAAUUAUAUUGUUAUAUUAAUUGACCUGUGUAUUUUCUCACCUUGUUAAAACUCAUUUUACAAAUUAUCAAAAUGGAGCUUCCACAAUUAUACAUGAAAUAAAAGGAGUAAUAAAAGAGAAAAUGUCA